CUAUUGCCGUCCUUCAUCAUUUGUAUGUAUAAUGUUGUUGUUUUGAUACAUCCUCUAGCUCGUGCAUGAUAAAUCCAAUGUAUUAGAUUAAAAAGAGUGUAAUAUUUUGAAGCUAAAGUGAAAAGAAAAUUCCAACACCAUGGCGGGGUUCUCAAGUAAGAGAAGGAAAAUAAGGCAGCCUGAUUCAGAGUUUCCUCUGCUCAAGUGUCACAAGACUCAAAAUGACCUGGAGGAUUGGAUUGGUAUUGGUAAAUUGCCAGAUGAAAUACUUGUUUCCAUUUUGUCUCUCUUACCUAUGAAACAAGCAAUUAGAACUAGUGUCCUCGCCCGCAGAUGGCGGUAUUUGUGGACUUCCAUUACUCAUUUAGAGUUUGAUGAUCUCAGCGUAAACUAUCUAUUGUUUUCUCAACCUCGAUCGCCCUCUCCCACUCCCUUUGAUAUGUGUGCACCCUUAGAACCUACAUACCCACCAUUUCUUGUUAAAAGGAGGAGAUUUGUUGAUUGGGUCAAUCAAGUAUUGAAUUUACAUAAGGGUUCGCAUGUAGAGGAAUUCAGCCUUGAGUUUUCCGUGUAUGGUCAUUAUUUUAAAAGUGAUAUUGAUAGCUGGAUAAACUUCGCUUUUCAAAAGAGAGUUAAAAGGCUUCAUUUGAUAUUCACAUGCACAUGGGCUUCCACACAGAGGUCAUACACUCUUACGCCUCCAAUGCUUCGUAAUUACAGACUCGAUUCGUUAGUACAACUCCAUCUGUGCUAUGUGGAGGUGACCGGAGAAGUUCUCGAAUGCUUUUUGUCUGCUUGCCCACUUCUUGAAUUCUUAUCUGUAUCAGACUCGCAUGUGAUGAAUUUUAAAAUUUCCGGACCAUCACUCAAGCUAAAGCAAUUAGAGAUAACUUACUGCACAUUAACAAGUCUUGAUAUUUAUGCUGUGAAUCUUAUGUCAUUUAAAUAUGUGGGAAACCAUGAAUGCAUUUCUUGGAAGCACACACCCCCACUUGUUAAUGCACAUUUUGGUGGGCCUUAUGCCAGCUAUAUUAUCAAGAGCUUUUUCCAGUUUCAAAGCUAUCUGUCUCAGCUAGAGACACUGGUGUUGGACUUAGGGUUUCAGAAGUUAACCUGCUUUCCCAAACUGCCCAAAUUAAGGAAUCUUAAGCAAUUGGAAUUGCAACUGAAUUACCGUGUGUUCUGCCUCCUCCUUUGCACAUCCCUACUACGUGCGUCUCCUUCAUUAAAUAGAUUUAAAAUUAAGUUCUUUGACUUGGAGAAACGUACGAAAGAAAAAAUGGAGAUUAAAAAGUCUAAAUGUAAACAUAAAUGCCUCAAGGUGGUUAAAUUAAGUGGCUUUGUUGGGUGUGGAGUUGAUCUGGAGAUUGCAAGGUACAUAUUGAGUCAUACUUUGUCACUUGAAAAGAUAAUUAUCAAUCCCCGCCAUCCAUUUAUAGUGACAACUGAGGAUACUGAUGAGCAUCUAAAGGCAAGAAGUCGUGCUAGGCAACACCUUGAACAUAUAUUACCUCAAGGAACACAAUUAGUGGUACUCUAAAUAUGAUCAACUUUUGACGGUGAGGCUGGGAUGGUGCUUCUGAAGUGCGCUUUGUUUUUUGGUAGUAGCAAUGGAUUUUGAAUCGUAUCAUGUGUAUUAUUAUGUUAUAGAGCUCGGUAUUUUUUUUUAUAUUAUUUGGUUUUUAUUUAUUGUUAUAAUAUGAGCUUCUUUCUUCUUU